UUUUCGAGUAAGAAUCUGGUCAAAUAUUCAAUGAACCUACAUAAAAAUGAAACUAUUAUAGAAAUGUAGAUUAAUCAUUGUUUUUAAUCACAAACCACUAAAUCGUAAACAAAUCCAUUUCUACUCUCUCUAUUUUACAUUCUCUUCAAAAUCUCUAUGAUGAAGUACAUGAAGCUAUUGAUCAUCGCUGUGAUCAUCUCGUCGGCUUUGUCUCCAGCGUUGGUGGUCGGAUCUCGCCCGGUGAAAUGUGAUAAUUGCGUUGACGGUGGAAAAGAGAGGAUCAUGAAGAUCAUGAGAUCAGGUUUGGAUAUGAUGAGCCAUAGGAUUCUUCGAGCGUGGAGAUAUAUAAACUACGAUGCACUGAAGCACAACAGACCAGCUAGACCAAAUGGUAAACCUGAUCAACCUGAUAACAAAUACAAGCGAGGUUGCACUGCCGCUACAGGAUGUUACCGCUUUACGGAUUAAUCAUAAAACCCCUCUCUCACUCUUUAUUUUUCAUUCUCAAUUCUCAUUGUUUUUUUGUUUCUUUAGUUUCAGUUUGAUGUGUUUUAUUUAUGUUUAAUUUAGUAUUUUCAAUCACAUUCACAAUUUCCAUAA